GUCGAAUAGUUGCAAUUGAGUAUUCGCGACGCGAGGUUAAAGUUACAAACGUCAACGCAAAAUGCACAAUUCCUGGAGCUGCUUGGUGGCGGCGUUACUCUGCGUCUGCAUCGCAUGGCAGGCUGGAUGCACGCAGGCGCGGCAGCCUGAUGGCACGGUGGGCAUGUCCAAUAGCAUUGCAGCACCUGGACAGCCAUUGUAUUAUCUUAUGGCCGAUGCCGGUUCGACGGUGGGUCCCAAUGAUGAGCUCAAGCGCACGAAUCGUUCGCUUAUGAAGUGGUGGGAGGAUUUGUUUGGGCCCAGCAAUUGCUGCAACAAUAACAACAACAAUUUGCUUAACAACAACAACAACUACAACAAUUGGCUGUACAGCAAUAACCUGGUGCCAGCCAUUCCAGCCAUCAACAACAAUAACUGCAAUGGAUUGCAAUUGCAGUCUUUGGAUCCGUUCAAACAAAUGAAGCUGUUCAAGAAGCUGCCCGAUCUGUGGGGCAAUAACUUUGCAGGUCCCUGUGCUGGCCAGUGCGGUGGUGGUGUUCAGCCGCUGCCGCAACCGGUGAACAACUAUGCGGCACCACCAAGUCCAGGUCCAGGCUACGGUGGUGAAGGCUACGCACCACCGGAGCCACAACCAGCCGUGCCAGCGCCUCCGGUCGACUAUAAUACGGCGCCGGCGCCGCCUAGCAGCGGCUAUGAGACACCUAAUCCCAGCUAUGACGGUCCCGGCGAUGGAGAUGCCGGCUAUGUAGAUCCGCCAGCACCGCCAUCCGUAGACUAUGAGGCGCCAGCGCCUGCACCGCCUGCCGCCAGCUAUGAAACACCAGGCACGCCCGAACCCACCUAUGAUACUGUUCCGGCACCCGCGCCCGAGAGCUACAGCAAAGUGGAGGAAUAUGCGCAGCCGGCCAAGAGCUAUGCACAGCCACCGCAAAUUGUCUACCAGCCCAUCAUUUAUCUGUCAGCCGCGCCCGCCGUCAGGGCUGAGCAGGAGACCAAGCUGAAGCAGCCGGAGCAAAGCUAUGAUAGCCAGACUGUGGCACCAGCACCGGCACCAAUGCCAGCACCGCCGACUUAUGAGCCACCAGCGCCGGAACCAGCACCAGCACCAAUUGAAUUGCCUACAUAUGCCGCGCCCCCAGCACCAGCUCCAGCUGCACCUUGUAAUGCGCCCGCUUGUGCGGGCUAUUUGCCCCUUCUGGGCGUGCCCUUCUACAGCUAUCCCACGGCUCCAGCACCAGCCCCGGCACCAGCCUAUGCAGCACCACCAGCCCCAGCACCAGCCUAUGCAGCACCACCACCCCCGGCACCAGCCUAUGCAGCACCACCGGCACCGCAGCCCACCUAUGCCUCAUCCUCCUGCCGGACACCCAUUCGAUUGUCGUUAAUCGAUCAACCCUAUCGCGUGGCCCCCGAACUCUUCCAGGAGUAUAAUUAUCGCUUGGCCCUGGCCGAACAGAAUAGAUUAUAGUAGAUGGAAAUCCAAUGAUCUUUAAGACUAAACUGUAAAUAAAAUGUAUCUAAUUUGGGC